AUGGACAACAAAUCCCCACGCCCUCACAAUACGCUGCUUGAGGUGCUCCAAAUUGCCUGCCCCGCUGCCAUUGCAAUGGUAUUCGCGACGCUGCCCACGGUCAGGCUACUGUUCACAACCAAGAGCAAGCGACGGAGCUACAGCACGACCAAGGCAGCGCGCGCCAGGCUUGAAUGGGCGUCCCCCGCUGUGUGCAUAACCUUUAUUGCCGAAGCGGUGUUGCACGCGGUCAGGACUCAACUCGGGCCAGAAGAGUCACCGGUCAAAGGCAGUCCGAUAUAUGCCCUGACGUCCAUCCUUGUCUGGGCAAGCAUCAGCGUUCUGCUGCUCGAGAGCACGGCACCAUGUUGGCCCGCCCAUCUACUUGCCUGGACAGCCGGGAUUGCGGUAGACGCUGCAUUGUUCGGCCUCACGGCGAGAGCCCUGUCGCUCGAUAGCCCCUGGGACAUCGCGACUCUGUGUGUUCACGCGACUCGGGUCUUCAUCCUGCUUGCUGCCUUCAUCUAUGGGUGCUGCUGCGUUCGAAGUAGCACAACAGGCGAGUCGGGGACCACGGAGGAGACUCGCGGUUUGUUAAGCGGCAAUACCACCGUACAUGACUCUGACUCAAGCUCUGCGACGGCAUAUGGCUCUAUUCCGGACGCCGAGAGGGGCGAAAACGAAGACACGAACGAGGACGCAUCGGGCGAUGAGGACGACGACGGCGAGCAAGAGAUGAAAGACAUGCAGCAGAAGCGACUCGAGGAAAGCGGUGGCUGGCUCGGUUAUUUGCGAAGCUUCCUCAUCUUUCUUCCCUACAUCAUCCCUUACCGCCACCGCCCGACGCAAUUAUGGCUCGUCGUCUCCGGGUUAUGCAUGCUGAUCGACCGCGCCCUCACCCUCAUGAUUCCGCGCCAGCUCGGGAUCUUGACUGAAUCGCUUGGCGAAAUGGCUGGCAGUGGUCGUGUCCCGUGGCAAGCGCUUGCUGUCUGGUGUGCCCUGCAAUUUCCUGUCUCGAGCACAACUGGGACGCUUCGAUCCAUGGCCUCGACACGCAUCUCGCAAUUUUCGUACCGAAGACUCACCGAGAGGGCUUUUGCACAUGUUAUGAGCCUUUCUAUGGAUUACCACACAGGCAAGAGCUCGGGUCGCGUCGCCAAGGCUAUCGAGCAGGGAAGCAACUUGAGCAGCGUUCUCAACAGUGCCUUUGGCAUUGCGCCAAUCGUCAUUGACUUCUUCGUCGCCAUCGUGUACCUCACGUCGGUGUUUGACGCAACCAUGGGGUUCAUCAUAAUCGCGACGGCCAUGACGCACACUUACUUCGCGUACAAGGGCAAUUCGAUGGUCAUGAAACGCGAGCGAGGGCUCAAUGAAGCCUCUCGCGCCGAGAGCGAGACACUUUACGACGCCAUCACCAAUUGGCAGACGGUGGCGUACCACAACAGGGCCGCGUUCGAGCUGGACCGCUUCUCGCAGGCAAUAGCGAACCAGACCACGGCGUUGCGAAAGCUACUCGACGGGUUCGAGUUCGUGGGUCUCGGCGAGGGGUUCAUCAUGACGCUCGGCGAGCUCGCGGCCGCUUCGGUUGUUGCAAUGCGCGUCGCCAAAGGGACGACCAGUCUGGGCAGCUUCGUGUUCCUCAUCUCAUACUGGGACGCCGUUCGGUCUCCAAUGACGUCCUUGUCUUGGUCGGUCAGAGAAGCGGCAUCGCACAUAAUCGACGCGGAGUGGUUGUACCAGCUCCUCCAAACGAAACCUUCGGUGCGGGAUCGGCCAGGGGCCCAGCCGCUCCAUUGGAAAGGCGGCCGUGUCGAGUUCAGGGACGUCAACUUCUCGUAUGGGCCGGAUCGACCCAUAAUCCAGGACAUGUCUUUUACCGCGGAGGCGGGUCAGUCCAUUGCGCUGGUCGGUGAGACUGGCGGGGGAAAGUCGACGACGCUCAAGCUCCUGUAUCGUUUCUACGACGUUACAAGCGGCAGCAUCGUCAUCGACGGGCAAGACGUGCGCGACGUGACGCUCGACAGCCUCCGCGAGAGCCUGGGCGCCGUGCCGCAAGAUCCGUCGGUGUUUGACCAGACCAUUAUGGAGAACGUCAUCUACGCCCGCCCUGGGGCCACCGAGGCCGAUGUCGUCGAGGCGUGCAAGGCGGCGCGUAUCCACCAUCAGAUUAUGAAGUUCCCUGAGGGGUACAACACGCGACUCGGAGAGCGUGGCGUUCGGUUAUCCGGAGGCGAGCUGCAGCGAUUGGCCAUUGCGCGGGUGAUGCUCCGACGGCCGCAGAUUGUGGUCCUGGACGAGGCGACGAGCUCGGUGGACUCGGACACCGAGGUGGCGGUACAGGCAGCUAUCCGCGAGCUGAGCAGAGACCGCACUGUUUUUACAAUCGCCCAUCGUCUGAGCACGAUUGUGAACGCAGACGUGAUUCUCGUGGUGGAUGGAGGGAGGAUCAUCGAACAGGGAAGUCACAGGGAGCUGCUGGAGUGGGGUGGAAAAUACUCUCGCCUGUGGGCGAUGCAGACGGUCGUGCAGGAUGAUUCGAGUUCCUGA